GAUAAACUUAUAAUGAAAACUUACAGUCAUAAUAACAUAAUUUGUGAGUUUGUUUGACCUCUAUAGAAAGACUACUCAGGACGUUUGCUAGCACACAUCGGUGCCAAGGAAAACUGGCACACAAGUUUGCCAAAACUGCCAUCUCCGCCUUCCAACGGUUCACUGAAAUGAAAAUAUGAGUGUAAAGUGACUUUGAGAGGACUACAACUUCACAGCUUACGGGAUGGUACGUGUGGAUCCUCUUAACUCACACAAAGAGCCAGUGUUUAAGCGGCGGCGGUACCGCGACGUCAGUGUCUCCGGCACCGAGGCCAACGGCGGCAGCAGCAGCAGCAGCAACGUCACUGCCUGACGGCGGCAUCAGAGCAGCACGAGCGGCCAUCCGCGCGCAGCAGCGAGUCGGUCUGUCUCCGGAACUCGGCGGAGGAACACGACGUUAGUCGGUCAGCGGUGUGAGGCUCUCCCCUCCUCUCUCUCUAUCCGCUUUUGGACUGUCUGGACGGCGACUUCCCGCCUCCGUGGCUCAGGUAAACCCCGGAGACGUUUUAAACAGAGAAGCUUUCAUUCAUUUCGAGGUGAGUUUUCCGGUUUCUUUUCCGUUAACUCGCCUCAAGUACAACGUGGGUACCGACCGUUGAGAGUACAAUGACUAGCGAGCUUCCCGCACUGUAGCCGUUGUUUCUCUGUAGUCAUAAACUGUGUGUUGCUAUGGUACUGCCAGGCAACAUCCCACCUGCUGCUGCCGCCACUGUCAGCUUUUUCAGUCUUUUUUAUAACAAAUACGUGAAAACAAAGUGCUCUUUUGUGUGUUUUACUCAACCCAGUCAUUUAGUAUGAAUUUUAGAGUGCGUGUGAGUCUGUUUUGUUCUGCUGUUUUCACCUACUCACCUGUUUCUCCAGCUCAUGACUUAAAGCAGGUAGAUAUUUAUGACUUGAAUGCUACUUAAUUAGCUUUUUACUGCUAGCUGUUUACUUUGACAUGCUCUCUAUGCUGCCUUUGGGCUAUUUUCACCAACACAAAGGUCAUUCUGAGGGCUUUUACAGUCUAUUGCUCUCAUCAUGUCUGUGGCUCUAGGUGACAAAACAGUGCAAAUGAUGCCUUCCUUUUUCUAACUGAUGUCUGUCUCUUUUCAUUCUGCAGUAAAAAACCCCAGGAACACAGACGGAAAACAACACAAGAUGGUGAUUACCGGUGCGGCAUCCUUCAGAAGGACACCACUGGCCAGUGAGACGGGGAACAGAUGUUUGCAGUGAAGGUGCAUACUGUAUUUUCUUAUUUUGUGGCUCACACAGCAGCUGCUGCGGUUAGGCAUCAGUGCCGACGCCAGGCCCCGGUACAAAGAAAUUCCAUUAUCCCUCAUCUCCUGUCUGCUGUGACAGAGAUGAGGAAAUCACCAUACCAUGCUGUCGUGAGGCCAGGAAGGAGGGGGAAUUAUGAGUCAGAAUGGAGAAGAAAAGAAAACUGUCACUUUCCAAAAUCCGCCUGUAUGCCUGGUAGGCAGCUCAUACACUAAUUUUAAGAACGGCAUCAAUGAAAAGACCUUUUUCUGCCUUAAAUGAAUACUCAGACCUGCAUGUACAGAUUCAAGGGAUUAGAGUUAAUGCUGUGAGUGAGAGCAAAGUGCAGCAGGGUGCAUCCAAGGCGAGCUCUGUUCAUUGUGUUUUAGUUUACACACCUCCUUAUCUUAGCUGUCAGGAGGGAGGAUUCUUUUCUACAGUAACUUACCCAGAGCAAUAGAGAUAGUGGUGGGAAAGGAGGGGUGGGAGGAGUGAGAACAGAGAAUGACUGUGAGGGAGUGAGCGUGCUCAACCCAGCCUCUGAGUGACUCUUGUAUCCAAGGACGAAGGUAGCAACGCAUCCAAACGCCACUCUUCGCCCACGGACUGCUGUGAAGAAACGAGGCGGUCACAUAGGCACUCAGCGGCGCUUGUGUAGACUGAACAACCUGCCGACCCUUCUUCACAGGGCCCCUGGGGUUUGAAUAGCCUGUCUGAAGUGCCAGGGCUGAUGACUGAGCAGAGCAUGGCAGUAGCUGGGGUGAACUACACACAUCCAUAGACUUCUCUCGAGCUUCUUGAAUGGAAGUUUCUUUUUUCCGUCCAGACCAAAACAAAAGCGUUCCUCUCCUCUGUCAGCGGUGUCAUUGCACCUAAACUGGCCCACGUUUGUGUGUGUUUUUGGCAGAGGAGCAGGCUGGAGAGGAGGUAGUAACAGGUGCUGCGUGCCAAGGUGGAUUUGGAGGUGUGGAGGAGAGCUGAAGAUCAUGGGUAAAUCAAACAGCAAGCUCAAGCCAGAGGUGGUGGAGGAGUUAACGAGGAAAACUUACUGUAAGUACCUCCGCUUGUUUUUACAAUCACAAAGUCUUUCCUAAAGGCCAAACGUAUCAGCGCAGUCUCUUAUAGGAGUACCUCUGUUUUAAUUUACUGCUGCAAUUUUCAGAUCGUUUUUUCUUUUUUGCCCUCUGUGCUCUAAUAUGUUAAGAUUUCACACCAGUUUCUUGGAGCUACAUCUAAACGCCAGCUGAGAAUAAGCCCCCAGCCCGAUUUUAAUUUACAUAUAAAUAUUGUGGAGCAAAUUGGGAUCAGUUAAGGUCUGGCAGAAGUUGUAAUCAGCAUCUUCAAAUCACGCUGAAGGGAUUAAUGAAUAUGGAGAGGCUGAGUUUCUAUCAGCUAUCAAGCUGGGGGUUUAAAGAUGAGGGUGAGGUUUUACAUGCAGAUCAUGGACCCUCUGUGUAGUUUAAAAUGCAUAUAGAGACACAGGGAGAUAAACAGAGUAUAGACUGAGAAUAUAUUAAAGGAGACGUUUAGAAAUAGUGAAACUUUGAUCUUAUUUCAAGUGAAAAGCUUUACUGGUCAUCUCUUUAUCAUGAAAAAUAUCAGAGAUGAUCCUCCCCUCAGGUCGCCAAUCAAUUUUGAGCAGAAAUUACAUGAAUAAUUACAGCAACAAAAUCUGCUGGGGAGACACUAUAUUAAUCAUUUGUGUGCUAUUUGUGGAGUGAGCGUUAUUAUUUUGAUUUGUGCAGCUCAGUCUGCAGGUGUGGGUGGGAGUUGACAUCUAUUGCCUGCUUAAUGACAGUGUUAUUUGUGUGGUGGGUCUCUCCACAGCAGAGCCAAGGAGGCUGUUGUGGCAGGAAAUUGCUGUGGAGGAAGAUUGGGCUCCGUGCUGGGCUGGGCUGCUUGCUGCUGUCCUUUGCUCUCUCUCUCUCUUCUCUCUCUCUUCCUCCCUCUCUCUCUUCCUCUCUUACCCUUUCGGCCUGUCUCUCCCACUUUAUCCCCUAAUUGCCCUCUUUGAGCAGGGAAUGGAAUAGUGUAAUUAGGAUCUUAUCUGGUUAGCAUCGCUGAGAGGGGCACCGAGCUUUCUGUGUGAUCAUUCUCUCUUGGUCUGUUGUUGUCGUCUUGCUGAGACUCCGUCAUUUCUUCUCUCCUUUAUCCCGUUGCCUCUCUCUCUCUCUCUCUCUCUCUCUCUCUUGCUCCCCAUGAGAUGCUUUGUCAACCAUUUUAGUAAAUGCUGUCCUUUGGUUCCUGACAGAUUUGGGACUACAUUUCUCUGUGCUUAUCUGUCUCUUUGUUUCAGCGGUAGUUGAGGAAGGCUGCUUUUAUGGCCAGCAAAUUAUGCCGUCAGUCUAGAUGGGCAACAGAGCGACCUGAAAUAUGUUCAGUCGAGUUGAAAAGAAUAUCUGCUGUGUUGGAAAAGCAGACAUCUUCAUCCAAAAAGCCAUUAUGACUUUGAAUAAAACCCUUUCUUACCAGAGAUAACAUUAAGCUCCGCAAGGACUCGGGGUCGCCGGUGUUUUUCCUUUUUCAGUGAAAACUGUUCAUGAUGGUCGAAGCCUCACCUGUGCUGAUUCAAACACAGAAAUGCUUUUCUCUGGCCUCACAUGGACACACUAACAGCCCUGUGAGGAUGUCUGCAGGAUGCAGGCCCGGCCCGGGUAACAACAUGAUGAUUUUGUAAGUUGUCAAAGCCAUGAAGAGGCUCACAGUGACACAGCUCAAGCUGGAUGUGUUCUCGCAGACCCUGCAGGGUCCAGCAGCUGAGUUUAGCUCUGCACUCUCCUGCAGUGGGAUCGUUUCAUGAUUACCCACCGCCUCUGACUGAGUUAUGUAAUACUUUUCUUUCUUCUUUUUUUAUUAACUCAUAGCUUUUGUAAAUUGCCUCACUUUCGGACUCCUUUGACUUUUCAGGUCAAUUUAAUGGCAGCUUUGCAUGGCUGACAGUCGUGAGAUUGACCCUGACAUUUAUCACCCAGGCCUGAUGGGUUUCUCAGUGAAAUGCUGAGCAGAACAAAUGGAGGUGAAGAUAUAUGCAGGCCAAGUCAACCUGACCUGGACUUCUUAUUGAUAACCUCAGUGGGGUUCUGAUCCAGCACUGCAGCGGGCCCAUUAUGGCUCAGAAGUGAGAGUUUUAUGCUAAAGUGUCCGCACUAAUCAUGAAUAUAUUUUUAUUACCUGACCGGUCUCUGGCAUUGUGAGGGUGCCAGACAUGAUAAUGGUUUCAUUCGAUCUGAACAUCCAUUUUCUCUACUGCUUAUCCCGUUAAGUGUUGCCGGGAGACUGGAGCAGACCCAGCUGUCACCGGGUGAGCGGCGAUGUACGCCCUGAACUUGUAACAAACUCAAAGAAUGCCAGAAAGAAUAAAACUAAGUUCUAAACUGCAAGUAAAAUGUUUCUUAAACACAGUCAAACAAAUUCACAUCCAAAUAAAAAAACUUCCCUUUCCUUAGUUUCAAUAGAAAACUAAAAUCUGAAAUAACUAUUUAUUUUUCAAUGUGAAUGAAAUUAAAGGGUCAUCAUGUCCAACCAAAGGUAAAGGCUGAGGUUUGGCCUACCACUUACCAGAGAAGGGGGCCUCAGGUAUCAGGCAUGAGGUCUAGGGUGAGAGGGGAAGCCUUUGGAAGUCCUCCUGGGUCGCUCGCCAUCCAUUGUCUGACCUGUUUGAAGAUACAGGUGAUCAGUGCAUAGAACAGUCCAGUCAGUAAAUAGUAUUAUUUCUACAGUAGGUGUUUGUUGGUGCUCACUGUUCUCCAGCAGGUUCUCUCUCAGUGUAGCUGCAUUAGCUCAUCUGUGGUAAUCUACGUGUCCUAAAGGGUACUGAAUGAGGUUUGAGGUUGAGGUUUUUGUAUUGACACAAUUGGUUGAAUUAUUCUGGUGUUUGUUUCUUACCAGGUCCAAGGGUGAGUAAUGAGUUCUCAUGAUCCAGAUUCCAGUUUCUUCUUUGUUCACUUUUUGUUGAGGAGGGCUUAGUGAGAUCUUUCUGCUCCUGCUGCUCAGUGGGUGUGCGUGUUUGAGAUCAGUGAGGUGAUUUAGGACAGGUGAGCUGCCCAGAGGGGAGGGGAAGGGGUCAACUGUGGAGAGGUUGGUUGUGAUUUGUGCUCUGGGGUUUUGACUGACAGGUAGGGUAUCCGAUCGUUGUGGAGAGGUGGACAAAAGAAAUUCUUGGUCGACUAAAACCCUGAAAUUUUCAACCAAAAGUCGACCAAUGGGGGGGUCAAACUCUGACGGCAAACCUGACGCAGCUCGGCGGGGUGAAAAUAUACUGAUGUCAGCACAAGACGGCAAUGAAACACGAUGAAAGUUGAAACGUUCAAAAUAAAAAUAAAUAUUCAGCAAACCACUGGACGUUAACUAACGUGGACGCUCUUCAAUCUUCCUGUCUCCAGCUGGUGUCCCUGAAUCCAAAAUGGAGAAAACAAAGGGGGGUGUUCUGAGACAGGCUGUUAGCUGUGGGGUGCUCUGAAAACACCCCCAUAGAACUUGGUUCAUUCCUCCUGAUGAAAUUAACCAUAGACUGUAAAUUGACACUAAAAAAAUAGAGUCGACCAAUCAGAGUUUUGGUCGACUCAGCAUGUUUCGAUCAGUAAGUCGACCAGUCCACUAAGACUUCACAGCCUUAGUGGACUGGUCACCAGUCAAUCACAGAGUUGACAACCAUUCAUCCUCAUGUUCAGACUUUCUCGUGCAAACGGCACAAAAGCAGGAAACCCCCUUACGGGUUUCAGACCAGGAACCAGUCUGCUGUGAGGCAGUAGAGCGAACUCAGACAUCUGCAACCUGGCAUGAAACUUUUACCCCCCGUGGUUGUGCAGUUACACAGAAACACCAACAUUAAGGGUUAAACAUUAAAGUGGACAUCAUUGAUUCACUAAGCGGCUCUCUGUUGUGUUUCUAAAGCUCUUCCUUUGCUCCAGGCUCAGCAGACAUGUGGUACAGUAGUCGCCUCACAGUGACAUGAAUUCAGCCCGCCUGUCCCCAGAUAACCUGUGUUAUAACUAAUGUCAUUGAUUUCUUGUUUUCAUUAGUCACCUUUGGGGCCAAGCAGUCAAGACCUGCUUUGGUAAAGAGGCGAGGAAAGCCAAGGGGGACUGUUUGAUUAGAUACUGGCAGAUAACGCUGUUAGUGCCGGCAUGAAUUCACAAUAUCCUCUUUUCUAAACUCUCCUCUUUCUUAAAUCUAUGGCUGACCUCCAAUCCGCCAGCUUUGUUUGUCUUUUUGCUGCUCCCGAGGGUUUACUCCCACCACUCCUCUAGUAUACUGCCCAGGAGAAAUUAUUAUUCAUGGCCUCAGAUAGUUGUCUAGAAUAAUUGAUUUCUGCGCUCACAGCCGGGGUAUAACUUCAGUCCUGCGAGGGUUGACAUGCCCGCUCACUCAGUUGUUCAAUAUCAGCGAUGAAAUGUUGAAUUCUCGAUUUAAUCCAUCCUCUGUUCCUGUCUCUGUUUCCACCCAAGCACCUGGUAGAUCACAUCAGAUCAGUCAAUCCAUACUCUCAAAAGAAUGAUCCAAAUCAGACUCCAAUCAAAGUUUAUGAUGAAACUUAAAGUAUGAAAGGAUCAGGCCAGGAUGAGUAACGAUGCUCUUCAUUCUUCGUUUCUAACAGCAUGUUCCUUCUUUUCUAGGGCAGCGUUAGUUUUCCUCUGAGCUCAUGUCAUUCUCUAUUUCUCUUACAGUUACAGAGAAAGAAGUGCAGCAAUGGUAAGUUUCUACAUCUAUAUUUAAUAACCAUGUUUGCCUCCCAUAUGUUCGACAGUUAUGUAUCAGCCAUUGUGCUGUAGCUCACAGGAACCGUGGAGUUUCACCUCCUCUUCUUAGUCCACUUUUACAUGUUUUCGGUUUCUUCUCGUAUCCAUGAACGGAGAAUUAAGAAUUUAAACGAUCGCUGAUUUGAAGCCAUCUCCUUCACACUGCCCUGAAGACAGACAAGCUCUGCAAAUAGAAAGACUUUGAAGCCUCACUGAGAGACUGACUGACUUUGAAGGCUGAUAACACUGAUACAGACGUUUCCAUGAUGCAUUCCUCGACAACCUUUUUGCUCCGUUUGCAGGAGGGAUGUCUGAUAAGAGAAGAACGCCCUGAGCUUAAAGGUUGUUUCACUUUGAGACGCUUAAUGACUACACGGCCACAGAGCCUCCAGAUUAGUUAGAGUUAGAGUCUGCAGGAGCAUCAUCCUGUAGUUGAAGUGCUCUGAUAUAUGUGCUUAUACAUGCAAACACAGGGGUAAGACAGAGAGCUGAGGUGUGAGCCGUCAUCACAGUGAAGGUGAACCACACUUUGAUAGCUGCUGGUCAUGGAUAAGAGACGAUGCGCUGUUUUUUUUUACAGCGCUGAUUCAAGCUCGAGUGCAGUCAUCGCUUUUGUUUCCCGCACGCCGCUUCUGGGCUAUUGUCUCUUUGCAAAUGAAAAACAAAGACGAGUGUGUAUCAGAGGAGGGAGCUCUGUAAUAAAGUGAUCACUCCUCCAUGUUCACACUUCACUUAUCCUGCUUUGGUUUUGCAUUUCACGACCUAAUUCUGCGUGCAUGGAAGGAGCUCGUCUCUGUUCCUGCGCCCCCGUUAAAGGGGUUGAUAAGGGGAGGAAGGAGGCAGCGGCGGAGAACGCUGAGAUAGCCGGGCGCUGGCAGGUCCGGAGCCUCGUCUCCAGCCUGUCUCUGGGGCUGCCUGGGUGCACUGAGGUGGAAUACCCCCUCCUUAAACCCCCACUGCCCCCGGCUAGUUCAUCAUCACUCCCACUGUCUUUCACAGAAAAGUUCGCAUGAGUCCUCACUUGAAGAUCAGCAGCAAUCAACACGAGUGAGUGUGAGGGAUGAGAGGGAAUUUUACCAGGGGAAAUGCCAGAUGGCGUGUAAUUAGAGCACAGGCAGAGACACACAAGAAUUAGCAGGGUUAGAUAAAUGCCUGUGUUGUGCAUCAAAUUCGUUCCCCUUUCUAAUUCUCCUCCCAGGGAACGUCAUUAGUAUGCUCCAGGCUCACCUGGAAUCAAUAACCUAAUGCUAUAGUGCAGGAUUGUUGCUGCCAGCGAGGAAGGAACAAGGGAAACGUCCCGCACAGCUCUUUAGCAAACCACCGAGGUUGAUGCCAGGGGAGAAGGAGUCGGUGAUAAAUACUUUAUCUUCAUGCUGUCCCUCAGUGUGGUCCGAUGCACAACGUCACGUCUGCUUUGUCCCUGCAAAUACAAAGCAUGGUGGCCUUUUUACACGACCCCAUGUUCGUUCUGACUGUGUGUGUCUUAGCACCAGAGUCACAGAGUCAGAUUUCCUCUUCAUGUUCUUGGCAGAUGAAGGUGAUUCUGAUUAUCACUCGGAUGUCUCUGACACCUAGAAGACGUGUGUACACAGCUACUGUGUCUUGAUUUGUGGCUAAAGCUUCUGCAACUCGACUGGAAGUAUGUUAAAUGUCGAAUUGUGCGAAUAGACAAGACUAUCGACAUACUGGAAAGGGUAAACGGCACUGUCUGACGAAUGAAAACUCCAAAUGUGUGCACGAAUUUGUCAGACGCCACAACAUAACGGAUGUACUUUAAACUAGUCCAUUUAAGUCCAGUAUGAUUCCUGCAAGACUCGAUCCUUUUUGUCCAUCUGUCCUACGAAAAAGUUUACCAAAGUAAUUUACAAUUUAAUCGAUAAUGAUGUGCUUCCUUUAAAAAGUGAGAAUCCUCUGAAUCUACAUCAAUGUUACAUCCGUUUUUCUCAUCACAGUUAGUUUCCAGGUCUCGUGGAGAGACACAGUAUGUGUGGAGGAAAGUUGCACAAAGCCUUCUGUGGCAUCGAGAGGGAGCUGUGUGAAAUCUGAUUAAGUGAUUUCACUCGAGUCAGUGUGAGUUGGACCUGAAGACAACAUGUUUGGCAAGAAACAAAAUCUUAGAAAGAAGCGAGUUCGCCAAAGCUCGGCAGUGCAGCUUUUAAAUUUUAACCACAUAAGCUGAGACGAACGAUUUCCAAACCGAAGAUGAAAAAAGAUGACGUGUUAUCAGCUUCACCAAAGAUCCCAAAUGGUAUACGUGUUUUCUCUCUCCGUCUGUCUAGUCUAGUUUGGAGGAGACAUCUGCAGCGCUCAGAGUCCCGUCAGACGGAGGAGAUACUCGUUCUUUCAAACACGCUCGGCUGAGGCAGAGAUCAGGAUCACACCAAGUUACUUUGUCCGCCUGAAAAGGUCAGCUCAGGGUCAGAGUGGUUUUAAGGACACGUGGCUCGUGAAGAAUGGGUCCAAUAUUUCCUGUCGUAACCUGUGCUCGUGUUUUCUUUUCCUAUUUGAGUAAAAAACUCCAGACCGUUCUCUAAUCUCUAAAGGGAUGAAGUCGACGCCAAACUUUCAGGAAACGACUGUCAGUGCCCUCUCUCUCUCUCUCCGUGCAAAUCUCAGACCAGACGGUGAAACAGGGUCAGGUUUUAGAAAAGAAAGAAGAAUAAAAUAGAAAAAUGUGUCGACUACUUUCAAACUUUGAUGCAGUUUUUCAUCCACUCAGACUGUAGAAAACCAUUUAUGUAAGUUCAGAGCUGAAACGGCGGAGUGCUCGUUAAAUUCGCCGCUCUGUCAUUUUCAUAAGCAACAGUUUUAGAAAAGGAACCUGCCCUCUCUCUCUCUCUCUCUCUCUCUCUCUCUCUCUCUCUAAGGCAUGGGAAAAGGUUUAUUAAAGGGAUACUCCGGAGAUUUGGUCCUUACUUACAUAACUUUGAGUGACUCAUAAGAAACAAGCCGGGCUUUUAUCCUUUUAGCCUCUGCAUUAGUUAUAAGAGGACCUUUAAUUAGACUCCAACUGCCUCCCAAAGACCCCGAACCUGCUCUCUGAAACUUUUUAGACUUUCUGCUGAAAUUUGGAUAAAAAAAACGCAACCCGGACCAUGUCAACAUCCUGAUUAGAGAGCUUAGGUUUAGAAAAUCAAGCUUUUUCCAGACUUUGUGGGGUCUGAAUGAGGGAUCUUCCUCAAGUCCAAAACUGUCAGAUUAUUUGACCUUGUAGUAGGGCUGGGCGAUAAACCGAAAAUUUACCUAAAUAGAAAUUUAUGACAAUAACCAAUGUCAUUUUGCUCAUAUCGGUAUAUUCAGUGUUAGGAAAAUAAAUCAAAGUUGUUUUUGGAUGUGUGUAGGUAGGCUAUGGUCUCAUGUCCCUUUAAGACGCUGUCCUACGUCAGAGACGUGACUCCGCCCCAUCCAGUCUGUAACAAAGAGGUAAAGACAGGUGAGGAGAUGGAGGACGGUUCAAAAGUUGGAGCGGCUGAAGUAGACGAAGUUAAUGUGGGAGGGGGUGAGCAGCUUGUGGAGUAGUUAUCGUCUAUUUAUCGAGGUGAACUGAUCAAUAUAUCAUGAUAUUGAUUUGAGGCCAUAUCGCCCAGCCCUACCUUGUGGAUUUCAAAACUGCACAAACAAUGUGUAAAGACGGGAACAGUUCAGAGGAUGUUCUUCUAAAGAGAGGUGGUUAUAAGUUAAAUUUAAAGACCCCACUUCAUACAUUUAUAAUAAGUUAUGGAUUAAUCUACCCGUUAAUUUGUCUGUAAUUUAAGAAACAUUAGUUUGCAGUUACUGGUCUCUGAUGUUGAUGCAGGGAUCCCCCCAUUGGAGGGCAGCAGCUCUUCACUUUGGUUUGACCUGUGCCUCACAUGUACACAGACUUGGACACAGUAUGACAGAUUAUUGUUCUGCUGCCUGCUGUGAUUCUCAAUCGUCUCACAUCUAAAAUGACAGAUUUCAGGUGAACGGGGUCGGCUCUGGAUUAUGAUGUUCAUUGUGCGUUCUGCACUUUGAAUACCAAUUAGGUUGUAUUCUGCUUUAGAGCCCGGCUUUCAUUUUUCACGCGUAUCUCCAGAUAACUCAGAUGUGAGAAUUACAUGCUUCUGCUCGCCACUCGCUUCCCUUCACGCCCAAGUUUCUCCCCGCCGCUCCUCAAAGCGUCUCUCCAUCUCUCUGACUGUAUGGAGCCGCCGUCAUUAUCUCUGAGGCAGAUUAAAAGUAAAGAGUUUAAGAGGAGUGGAAAAGGAUGUGUCCUGGCCUUCAUUCUUCAUCAACACACACGCACACACACACACACACACACACACACUCUCCUCUCUCUGCCAUUCCCUGACCAUAAUUACAGCCCAACCUUGUUUUGAACAGUCUUAACUGAAUCAGAGUCGAACACGCGGCGCUCCCUCGUGCAAACUUGCGUCAGAAGUUAUCAAGAGCGAAGGGUUUUUUUCUACGCCUUUCAUAAGCGGAGAGUAUUAUUAUUAUUUCCAUUCUAUUUCCGCCGACUCCCACUUUACAUCUAAGGUUUAUUUUUGUCAAGGCCGCCGCUCUCUUCUCAAGCGCUGACCUGUUACCACGCAGUCAGACUCUGAGGCUGCUGUGUGCUCCUUUGUGAAACCGCCUACCUUUGAGUGACUGCCCUUGAAAUUGCUCAUGAGACGCUGCUAUAUUUAGACUAAUAGAGAUAUUAAGGCGCUCUCCAGAUAUGUCAUUUCCAGUGGCGAGAGGAAGCGCUCAGACUUAUCUAUCAGGCACGCAUAUUAUCAAAAGAGGACUAGAGAGUAAUUUGAUUAGAGCUAACCACUCUGGGCUCGCUAUUGGAUUAGGCUGAUCGUCUUAUCUGUGAAUGAGACAAAUGGCUUUGCACUUUAGCUUUUUGAUCCAACACUAUCUCUUAAACGGCUGCAGAAGUGAGGAGGUGGCUUCAGCAUCCUGUCCUGGUGAUGCAUCCUUCUCGGUGCAUUAUUAUAAACGAUAUCUUUGAAUAAUCUCCAUCUUUGUUUUCGCAGGUACAAAGGCUUCAUUAAAGACUGUCCCAGCGGGCAGCUGGACGCCGUGGGCUUUCAGAAGAUCUACAAGCAGUUCUUUCCUUUUGGAGAUCCCACAAAGUUCGCCUCUUUUGUCUUCAACGUGUUCGACGAAAAUAAGGUUGGUGAUAAAAAGACGUAAACUCUGAAAUGUUAAACAGAGCCUGUUCACCCAGGAGAGAUAAGCAGGGAGGUGUUAAAGGCGACAGUGUCCGAGGACAGAGCCUAUCUGCACUCAGCCAGGGGUGGAACAGAGUAAAAGGGCAACGUCGUAUAUUAAUCACCUCCAUUUUGUACUUGGUCGUGUUCCAGUUUUGGUCCAAGUUUGUGUCAAGAAAAGGUCAUUCACGGACCCCGUUCAGAAACUGUGCUGAGAAUUGAUGUUGGUGAAAGGCGUAAAAUAAAUUUAGGGUCAAACACACCGUAACACCGAGUUAGACCCCCCCUCCAGAGAUGAAUGUUGCCGACCGCUUGCUUCUCUAGUUAUACCAACUUUAGUAACGACCGCAGGAUAGUAAUACACAGCGGUCUGAGGAGCCAUAAACAAACCUCAACCAAAACACCACUCUAUAGCCACAAAUAAUGCUCAGAACAGCACCUAACUUCAUCAACAGGACAUAUAGGGUCCUAGCGUUAGCAAAGACACUAAACACAACUCACCCACUCUCCUCCAGCAGCCGCUUGUUUGUAGGGGAGCCCUGACAAGUCGAUCACAGAGAUCAACGGAGUUUCGCAGCUCAAGGAAAAACAUUUAUGUUCAUUAAUUCAUGGAAAUGCAGUCAGAGUUCUUGUGUAUCUUGUAUGUGAUCUGCAGACGUGGUAGUUCUUCUACCUUAGCGUUUCCGACUGAUUGCAUUUCCAUGAAGUAAUAAUCAUAAAUUUUCCGCUGCACUCGGUAAUCGACUUGUCAGGUCUCCUCCACAAACAAGCGGCUGCUGGAGGAGAGUGGGUGAGUUGUGUUUAGUCUCUUUGCUAAAGAAAUGAGUCAAAGUUAAAAAGAUGUUUGGUGUCUAGUACUAUGGCUGUGACCCUAUAUGUCCUGUUGAUGAAGUUAGGUGCUGUUCUGAGCAUUAUUUGUGGCUAUAGAGUGGCGUUUUGGUUGAGGGCGUGUCUCUCUGUAUUGCUAUCCUGCAGUCGUUACUAAAGUUGGUAUAACUAGAGAAGCAAGCGGUCGUCAACAUUCAUCUCUGGAGGGGGGGUCUAACUCGGUGUUACAUGUGUUUGACCAUGACUUUAAUUUACGCCGGAAUAUCCCUUUAAAACUCUUUCAACAAAUACUCAUGACUGUCCUGUUUCUGCUCUGAAUACUAAUGAGAGAAUCCUGACAUAUUUUACAGUCUGGCUGAAACAAACCCCCACAUCUCUGAAUGAACAUUAUAAUUCAGUGUUUAAAUCGCACAGAUGAUUCUCGGCUUAAACAGAAAACUGGAGAUGAUUCACCGACGCAGUAGUAACACUCAGGUUUGUGCCAAAAAUCCAUUUCUAGGAGCCGGAGACGGUUUUUCAGAGGUGUGUGUGUUUUUUUUUUUUAAAGGAUGAGAGGAUAUGAUGCGAAAGCAAGAUUUAACAAGGCCAAAUUUUUUAUAAGCCACGUUUGUCUGAAGUAAUCCGCCUCUUUGCAGUUGUGCAGGAUUAUUCAAAUAGUGUUUAGGAAGACGAGCUGCAGAGGAGCCGCUCCCGGGUUGUUGGCGAGCCCCUGGAGGUUUAUUGACUCCGGUUAAGAGGCUUUGUGUCAGGAAGAUCAGACAGCCCCUCCGUCUGAUGUUUAUCUGUGACCUUCAUUAGCGUCGGGCACCCCAUAGUUCGAGAAUGCAUUGAUCUUAACAGUUUUUAUGACUUAUGUAAUCAGCAAUGCAUGACUUCAGCAUUGUCUGGCCGGUCAGAUGUCUGCUGGUGAUAAAGUGCGCUGACCUCGGGGCCAUGACGAGCACUUGUCUCGUUUUCUGCAGCUGGGGCUGAACUCACAGCGGUCACAGGUAAGCAGAUGUUCCAGCAGGAUGUUGGAGAACUGGAGCGAUGACACACAGUCCUCAGGUAUUUGGUGAGGCGAUGUGUUGACCAAAUCGUCUCCCUGAAAGUCCGUUUAGAUGCAUCUCCUGUUGUUCGUCUGAAUCGACAACAUUGAAGGUUUGUUAUCCAUGUGAACAGGCGGUUCUCUCGCUGCAUGAUAAACACGGAUGGCGACAGUAAUUUAUCAGAGUUGAUGGAAGUUUCGAGCCUCCUUUGGAAAGAUUGAACGCCGGUUGGCUGGGACAGAAGUAUCAGAGUGAAAUAUCUCCUGCUCCCUCGGAAACAAUCGUAUGCCAUCCCCGUUCUGAGCGCAGAGCCACCAGAGAAAUAUUAAACACCUCCGUCCUAAAUCCAGAGCGGUUUUUUGGUGGUUGUAACUUUUAGACUGUGAGCCACCGGCAUCCGUCAUACUAAUGACCAGAGGUGACAUGUUCCCGCCUCAGGAGAGAGCCAGGUGCAGGGCAAAAAUAGCAGAUGACUUGAAGCGAACGUCUGGCCCCGUUUUGAGCAGAAUACAACGAGGACAUCACGAGGAAACGGCGCCGAGCUUUUCAAAGCAGAGCAAUAAUCAGAGUGACGUCAGACGCUCACCUCCUCACUGGGCCAUUUCCUCUCUCAAAGUCUCUCUUCCUCUCUUUUGUCGCUCUGCAGGACGGACGCAUCGAGUUCUCCGAGUUCAUCCAGGCCCUCUCCGUGACCUCCCGGGGGACUCUGGAUGAGAAGCUGAGAUGUAAGCACCAUCCUCCUCCUCCUUCUCCACCUCUUUUCUUUUUGACAUUUAAAUGACAGGAUCGAGGAUUGUCUGCCAUGCCUGCAUAUGAAAGAGGACAGGCCGGUUCCUAGAGAGCAGCAGAUAGAAGGUUAUUAGCAAGAUGCAGCCCGCCUCUGCAACCUGGGGGUCACAGCCGAAUACAUCUGUGACCUUUUUCUGAUAGAACAUCCCAGAAUAACAAAGUGUGAGGAGGUUUUAUCGCAGGAAUUUGAGGAGGAACCUUUGUGCGAGGUUGUGUUCAAUAUUUUUAAGUCUCAAUCCUCGGCUCUGCUUUUGUAUAUGAUAAAAAGGCGUCAGUAUGAACGUCAGCCUGUCUCCUAAAUGUUCAUAAACUCCUCUCUCUCUCUCUCGUUCCUCAGGGGCGUUCAAACUCUACGACCUUGAUAAUGACGGCUACAUCACCCGAGAUGAGAUGCUGAACAUCGUCGAUGCUAUAUAUCAGAUGGUGGUAAGUUACAUCAAACGACAGACCUAUUAAUCUAAAUUAUUGGAGUCGAUCAGGACGUAACGGUUUAUUAUCUCAGGGGAACACUGUGGAGCUGCCAGAGGAGGAAAACACGCCAGAAAAACGAGUGGACCGUAUUUUUGCGAUGAUGGACAAGGUGAGUAGUUAAACUCUGAAGUGACGGCGCUCUCCUCUGCUCGUUCUUCCCUCCACUUGAACCCCAGAGCUGUCCUCUCACCCGAUACAAGCGCACUCGUCUCGAUUAUUCGCCGUUAAGAGGUCUGUAAUAUCUGCCGCUGUUGCCACCCGCAGGGCUUUGACGUAGACGCUGUUAAGUUUAGAGCUGUUAUCUGCAGCCAUCGCAGCGUCACUAACACCGACCGCAGUCUAUAAACAUCAUAUAUAGCCCCCUCCACCGCUCUCAGCCCCAAGAAUCUCCUCAGCUUUGGUGAAAGAUGAGACGCGGGUGUGUUUGUCGGCCCACUCCUGCCAAGAUCAGCCCUUUGGACCGGCUCUGCAGCACAGCAGCUCUUGAUUUGUAUUGGCAGAGAGUGGCUAUCAUCCAAGCGCACUGAAGCGAAGACCUCUCCAGCAGCAUUAAAACAGGGGGUAUCAUGAUGGCGCUGGAGAGGCUCUUUUGCCCCCUGCUGGUUGCUCUGUGUUAAAGCACUGCAGGGUUUGGGUUUCACUCACGAGUCUCAUGUUCUCCUUCCAGAACGCAGACGGGAAACUGACGCUGCAGGAGUUUCAGGAGGGCUCGAAGGCAGACCCCUCUAUUGUUCAGGCUUUAUCGCUGUAUGAUGGACUCGUGUAGGAACGCAAGGUGAGUGGGGUAUUAAUGAGCGAGCACCUGCAUACUUCUCCGCUCGAGUGAAUUUCAAUCCCAGGUCACGCCUCAGCUGCCAGAUAAAACGGUGUAAUUCCCAUUUUCAUGAAAGCGCAGAAUAAAAGCGAGGAGCUCAGAGUCUGUGCGCUGGAACCUGAAGUGAAGAAGAAGCCACUUCUCUGCUCGCAGUUUGUUCCCAUGAAUUAUUCAGGAGGCCCACUUGUUUGCUGGCAAUCACAUAGUCUUGCAGCGCUGAGUGAGGAGUGAGACGGCCCUCUACUCUCGCUGCCUAAUGCAAAGUGCUCGCCGCCGCCGCUGCCGCCAAUUGUUGCCAACAUCCUGCUCAGCGUUUUGUCAACUGUGAAGCCAGCAUGUGCAAAUUCAGUAGUUACAGUUUAUAGAUCGUUCUGCAUGCUCUGAACACACCCGCCUCUCUUUGCAACCCCUCAGAUGGACCCAACUCAGCAUCCUGCAGCGCCUUUUACAGUAAUCCAGCACCAUCACACCUGUACGGGGAGAAUCCACCUUCAACUCCUCCUGCAGGAGCAGACUGCAAACUUCUGUCGCACGAUCCUGCAGCAUCUGUGUCAAGUAGCUGUUCGUCCACAUUUCCUGUAAGGAUUGUAAACAAAUAUAUCCUCUGAUGUGAGCGGAGAAAUCAAACAUGUCAGCGAAAACCCCCCUAAGCCAUUUAUCCGUGCUUCUACAGCUCUGUGGCACCACGUACAGAUUUCAGUAUUGUGGACUGUGUACGAACUUUUCUGCCAGUGCGGUGUUGUGAUUCCCCCCCGAAACCCCCCUGAGAUGUUAGGGAUGUUCACACUGUAAACCUGAGGAGCUGCUGCUGCUUCUUAGAGAGACUCUGAAGGUGAACAUGAACUUAGAGUCACACGGCAGUAUCCUGUACAUAAUGAAAUGUAAAUAGUGGUAAUUUAUUUUCUGCUUUGCUGCGUUUCUGGGAGAUGUUCCCGUACGUCUGGGAUGAAGUUUUAUUUUUUAUCAAAGGUGUUGAAUUGUAUUGCACUGUUUUUAUUUCUCAUGAUCAUUUUGUGGGAUUGUUUUUUUUUUUUGUUUUUUUCUCACUUUCUGAGGUUUGAAGAGUGUUAAAGGAGCUGGGUGAUUUUACUCUGUUUGCAUCCUACUGUGUUUUCACCUCCCUGUUAGCACGAGGACGGCGCCGUCUGCAGACUGAACGACACGACCGAGCAGCACGGCGCCGAGAGACCCGGUCACAAACUGACAACAAGUCUGGAUGUAAAGCUUUGCGAGCUCCACUUUGUGUUUUUCCUUUUUUUUUUGUCUGUGAGACCAGAGCAUGUGAAGAUGAUGAUGAUGAUGAUGAUGCCUUUCUUCAUUCCUGGAAUAUUUUACUUACAGCAUUAAGAUGUUUUAUCAGCUUCACUGAUUUUAUGCCUUAUGCAAAUGAUAAUUGACUAAAUGAUAAAUGUCAUUUACCUGUUAAUCAAGAGCACAGAAUAAAACGCAUUUAAGUGGCCGAGUCUCCAUCA